AUGUCUCCUCAAGUCAACGGCGAUUCAGCCCCUGCAUCCGCUUUCCUCUCUCACCUAUACUCCUACCCAGUCAUCAGCGAUAGCAUUACCACCUUCAAGAAGAACCCAUAUGGCGCUCGAUCUCUCGAUCUGACUACCCAGGGAUAUGAGAAGUUGGGAAAGCCAAUUGUGUCAUACCUCCAAGGACCAUACGAAUAUGUCUCUCCAUACGUCAAGAAGGCAGAUAGCGUUGGCGACUCUGCCCUUUCCACUAUCGACGACAAAUUCCCAGUGGUCAAGAAGCCAACAGGAGAGCUAUACGAGAACGCACAAUCCAUCAUCUUCUUCCCAUUGAAGAAAGGCAAUGAGGGAAAGGAUCACGUACUCAGCACAUAUCAAGGCGAGGUGAAGAAGGUCGGAGGUGACGGACUCGUUACAUAUGGCCAGGCAGCUCUUGGUACCAGCAUCAUCAUGGUCCGUCAGACACUCGGAUGGCUCUCAGGGUUCUUGAGCCAGAAGAAGACCGAAGCCAAGGAGGUUGCCGCUGAGAAGAGCGGUUAA